AUGAUCGCCUCGUACGCUCUCGCUGCUCUCCUUCCCCUCGUCUCGGCUAAGUGGGCCGCCUACACCAUCUCGCCCGCUGCCUUCCCUGACCUCUGCGUCGUCUCGAACGGCACUGCCAACGGCGACAACCUCGUCCUCGGCAAGUGCGAGGGUGCCUCCUCGAUCUGGAAGUACUCGGACGUCAACGGCAAGAUCAAGAACGGCAAGCAGUGCAUGGACGUUAGAGACGGUGUUGAGAUUGACGGCACCCUCGCCCAGACCUGGGACUGCGCCGUCUGCAACGACCACCAGUCGUUCGACUUUAUCUCGCCCUCGAACAACUCGAUCUUCCAGGUCCAGUGGACUUAUGCCGACUACUGCCUUGACCUCCACGAGGGCAAGGGUGUUGAGGGUGCCACCAUCCAGAUCUGGAAGUGCCUCGAGUUCAACGACAACCAGAAGUGGAUUGUCGGUGCCGUCAACGCGACCGCCGCCCCUGCUCCUUCGACCGGUGCCAACGCCACCGCUAGCGCCAACGCCACCGAGGAGGCCGACACCAAGGCCCGUCGCGCCCACCAGAAGCGCCGCACUGCUCACUAA